UCAAAAUAAUACAUGACGUCACAAGUAUGGCUGUCGUCAAUAUCGUAGAAAACUGACACAGAAUAGCCCAUUUUUAAAAGCAAUUAUUUAUUUCAUUAUUACAAUUAUUGAAAGGUUACUGCUGCAUACUUUGUGAGUAAGCAUUAUUCUACUUCAAAAUGACAAUUUUACCUAAGAAGAAGGUCACAAAAGAGAAAAAUGAGAGCGAGAACGUAGAUCAUACUCUUCCCCAUCACAACCAUUCUCGUCACCACCCGUCGACUUCAGAUAGCCGUCAUGACAAGGUAGCCCGAGCAAGGAACGCGCUGCCAGCAAGCACUAGGGAGGAUGUCCAUCCAUCACAUGACCCUGGAAAUACUUACGAUCCAUUAGAAAGCACUUCUGGACAUAAUAAAAGGCGACAUCGAUCGUCACCCCAUAGAAACCAUUCAAGAAAACACAGAGGGGGUCAUACUCAUAGUGCCCAUACCCACACCCCUGUGCCCACACCAAACAACCCACAGCAGAAUGUGUCAUACGAAGAUGAUGACGUCCGGCACAAUAGUGAUGACGAGCAUGUACCACCUGCGCAUCCAGAGAAUAUUGAAGAUGUUGAGAAAUGGUUUGAAAAUGCUAUCAAGGAAAAGAAAGGUUUUACAAUAAAAAAGAUGGGAGAAGAUGGUGCCUGUUUGUUUAGAGCAGUUGCUGAUCAAGUUUAUGGUGACCAAGAAAUGCACAGUACUGUGAGAAAACAGUGUAUAGAAUAUCUGGCAAAGAAUGCUGAUUAUUACUCCCAUUAUGUGACAGAGGAUUUUACUACAUAUCUUAAUCGUAAACGAAUGGAUCAUUGUCAUGGCAACCAUCUCGAGAUUCAAGCCAUGUGUGAGAUUUACAACAGACCUAUAGAGGUCUAUCAGUAUAGUAUAGAACCAAUAAAUACGUUCCACAGCUCAUAUAAGACAGACAAUGAGCCGAUACGAUUAAGUUACCACAGCAAUGUACAUUACAAUGGUGUGAUAGAUCCAUACAAACAAACUAUUGGAGUUGGUCUCGGUUUGCCAGUAGCUAAUUUCCAACCAGGGCUGGCAGAGAAACAUCUUGUCCAUGACGCUACAAGACAAUCAGAGGAACUCCAUAUAGAACAGGCUAUGUUGGAAGACAAGUUAAGAGAAACGGACUGGGAAGUCACACAAGAGACAAUACAAGAACAGGUAGCAAGGGAAUCUUAUCUUCAGUGGCUUCGAGAUAACGAGAAACGUGUUCGUACAAAUAGGACAGCAAGUGCAACAUGUAGUUCAUCUAGUGAGUACGCCCAAUUCCUGGAGAACUCAGGGUCGCCUGAAGCAAGACUGGGCCGGUCCCCACGUCACAAGACCAGUGCACCAAACUCUAAUCAAAACAGUCCUCAAAGAGUGGAGCAUGUUGAACUGCAUAACUCACCACACAUCACAGAAAUAAAAGGUUCUUCCCCGAAGCCUAUGCAAGUGCCGAUAGGAUCUGAUGUACAGGAGGGAGCAACCGGAGGUUAUGAGUUUGAGACCAGUUCUCUGGUAAACCAGUACCCGCAAUCCAUUUAUGCUGACUUUGCAAACUAUAGUGAAGAAGAUAUUUUAGCUCAAGUGAUAGCCCAGUCGCAGCAAGAAUAUUUGGACACUUUAAAGAAGAAUGCCUCGUCAACUCCGCCCCCUGGUGAUAACCACGCCCCCUCGUGUAGUAACUAUCAAUCUGACGCAGGCAAAAGUUAGCAAUACACUUAUAUAUUGUGUGAGAUAUUUUUAGUUAUUUAGUUUACAAGUGAAUUUAAAUAUGUAUGAGUGAAUCUGCGAUCAGAUAAGUAGCGAAUACUUGGAUUUAUUUGGAUGGCAACUUGUGUUAUUACGCUGCACCAAAAUAAUCAACUGGUUGGUUAUAAAUUGUUUUCAUAUGUUUUUUUCUUCCCAUGUUUUACCCUCUGUUGUUUGUUUUUCCUCCUUGUUGUAGAAGGAUACAACUUUUAUGAUAUUUUGGAUUUAGACUUGUGUGUUCCAGCCCUCAUACUUGUAGAUUCUUUUUUGUGUAUUUGUGCUUUUUCUAACCCCCUCACUCAAAAUUUUGUUACAUAUGCAAUGUAUAAGAAAUAAUGCUACAUAGUUAAGACUCGGAAAUAAAUUAGCAUAUUGAUUUAUACAGAUUGAUACUAACAUUUAAAGAUAUUUUUAUCCCCCCCCCCCCCUUCCGGCAUUAAAGUUACAUUUAAUAAAUUUCAUAAAAACAGAAAUAGCGACAUUUCAUUAAAGGGACUCCACUGAG